UUUUCCUCAAACGAAUUCGCCAUUUUGCAAAGUAGCUCGGUCGUACGGAUGCGGGUGCAUUAAAAUAUAAUAAAAAAAAAAAAAAAUAAUAGAAAAAAUUUUAAACUUCUCUUUGCAAAAAUAAGAAACAAAAAAAUAGAAGAUCAAUUGUGUUGAAAAAAACUAUAAAACAUAAAAACUUUAAAACUUCGUGGAAGUUUUUCAAAAUCAAGAAAAUAAUAUCGACGAAGAUCGAACGGAAAAUAAUACAAAAAAAAAAGAACGAAAACGAAGAAAAAUUAUGUACCACUGACCUCAGGAGCAUUCUCACAUUCGUCGUGUUCGUGAAAAAGCAAAAAAAAAAAAUAAAAUUAAAAGUUCUUUUUUGCAGAAAAAAGUGGUUAAAAUCUGCUAAAGUUUUGUGAAAAAUAAAAUUUUCCCAAAAAAAAACCUAAAAAAAAUCUGUGUUUUUCGUUUUUUUUUUUCCUUUUUUUCAUUCGCCAAAUGAUAGUAAAAGAAGAAAAAAUCUACCCCCCAAUUGCUGCUGCGUUGUAGUGUGAGAGAGAGAGAGAGAGAAGAGAUAGAGAAGAAGUGCAAAACGAUUGAUUUUUUUUUAUAUUCGCCAUAUCCAUCUACUUGCUCUCUGCCGCCUUCCUUCAAACAAAAAAAAAAACCCUCUCAAACGACACCAACACCACCACCAUCAAACUUGUACCGCAACAACCCCAUAAAAGUGCAAAAUUCUGAGAGAUUUUUCAUUUUUUUUUUUCUAUUUUCUUUGAGUGAAUUCAUUUUCGGUUAAAUUUUCUUCUUCGUUUCUAUCCCUAAAAUAGAGAAGAAAAAAAAAAAAAAUAAAGGAAUCAUCGUGUCGUCGCUGAUACACAACAAUUUUCGUUAUUUUUUUUUUUCUACAUAAUAUUUGACGUGCAAUACUACCAACAGGAAAAAAAAAUACCUAUAAAGUGAUUACGAAAUCAUUUAUCUAAAAUAAAAUAUAAAAAAAAAAUAUAUAAAAUUGUGUUCAUUUUGUGUGAUAUCAACAAAUUAAGAAAAAAUCUCCUAACUAACCCCACAAAAAAAAACUAAAAAAUUCAUCCACCCCCUCUCGCUCAUUCUCACCUCAUUAACUCACUUUUUCAUAACAAAAAAAAAAAGCAACAAAAACUAACCUCACUUUUUAUCGAAAACAGUGGUGUCAAAAAGAAUUCUAUCAGUGUCACCUUCUCUGUCAAAAAAAAAAGUUCUGUUCGGUUAAAAAAUUUGACAAACUCCUUGUCAAACACAAAAAAUAUAUCCUCCAUCUCACUCACUCCUGUCAAAACAUCGAUCAACAUAAACUGACAGUGAGCAAUAAAUAAAAAAGAGAUAAAUAUAUAAAUUGUGUGUGUGUUUUUUUUUUUUUGACAUAUCGGUUUAAUAAAAAUCUGUCAAAAUUGCGAAAGCGAUAUUUCAAUUUUUGAAAAAACAAAAAAAUAAAAAAUCCACUAACACCCUGGACUCUAUAAAGGAUAACAACGUCGUCGCGAUAGAAGAUCCCUCCUCCUCGCAUCCGCCGUUGUCGUCGUCGUUGUCGUUGUCUCAAUCGUUGUCAUCACCUGUGGGAACAGCAACAAGUCCAUCAACAUCUUCACCAUCUGCAACAACAACAACAAAUAAUCAUCAACAAAAUAAACAACAACAACAACAUCAUCACUCACCAUCACAAUCCACUUCCAUUUCACCAUCAUCCACAACUUCGGCAUCGGUGAUAGGAGCAGGAGCAGGAGCAGGAUCAAGCGCAACUCAAACAACAACAAGAUCAUUAUCUAAAGAUAAUAUUAAAAGGCAAUUAUCUUCUUUAAUUCCUCUAACAUCAUCGCCGUCCUCUUCUUCCAAUAACAACACAACCGUUGCCAGUGUUGCCAACGUUGCUAAUACUUCAUCGUCAUCUACUAAAAUGGGUAACAACGCAACAACAUCAUCAUCUAACAAAAAGGUCGAUGCUGCCGAAACUGUCAAAGAAUUCCUCGAACAAGCCAAAGAGGAAUUCGAAGAUAAAUGGCGUCGCAAUCCAACCAAUACCGCCGCCCUCGAUGAUUUCGAGCGCAUCAAGACCUUAGGAACCGGGUCAUUUGGUCGUGUUAUGAUCGUUCAACACAAACCAACCAAAGACUAUUAUGCAAUGAAAAUUCUCGACAAGCAAAAAGUCGUCAAACUGAAGCAGGUCGAACAUACGCUAAAUGAAAAGCGAAUUCUACAAGCAAUAUCAUUUCCAUUUUUGGUUAGCCUGCGUUAUCAUUUCAAAGACAAUUCGAAUUUGUAUAUGGUGCUCGAAUAUGUACCGGGUGGGGAGAUGUUUUCGCAUUUGCGCAAAGUGGGUCGCUUUUCGGAGCCGCAUUCGCGUUUCUAUGCCGCACAAAUUGUUCUGGCUUUUGAAUAUCUCCAUUAUUUGGAUUUGAUUUAUCGCGAUUUAAAGCCGGAAAAUUUGCUGAUAGACUCGCAGGGUUAUCUUAAAGUGACGGACUUUGGUUUUGCCAAGCGAGUCAAGGGACGCACAUGGACAUUGUGCGGAACACCGGAAUAUUUAGCUCCGGAAAUUAUCCUAUCUAAGGGCUAUAAUAAGGCGGUGGAUUGGUGGGCGUUGGGUGUAUUGGUUUAUGAAAUGGCAGCUGGGUAUCCACCAUUUUUUGCCGAUCAGCCAAUACAGAUUUAUGAGAAGAUUGUAUCGGGUAAGGUGCGUUUCCCGUCGCACUUUGGAUCGGAUUUGAAGGAUUUAUUGAGAAAUUUGCUACAAGUUGAUUUGACUAAACGUUAUGGUAAUCUGAAAGCGGGUGUUAAUGAUAUUAAAAAUCAGAAAUGGUUCGCUUCGACAGAUUGGAUUGCUAUAUUUCAGAAAAAGAUUGAGGCGCCUUUUAUACCGAGGUGUAAGGGACCAGGCGAUACUAGUAAUUUUGAUGAUUAUGAAGAGGAAGUGCUGCGGAUUAGUAGUACUGAAAAAUGCGCCAAGGAGUUUGCUGAAUUUUAAACAGAUACAAACCAACAAAAAAAUUAAAAAGAAGAUUUUUUCUACUCUCACCUAAAAAAGAAAGAAAAUUUACCACACACACACACAGAAACAAAAAAAAAAAAGUCAUUCAGUAAAUUAUAUUUAUAUAUUUAAAGAAAAUAAAAUAAAAAAUAAGAUGAAAAAAAAAAAAAAAUUGUCAGAGUUGUUGUUGUUAUCAUUUAAUCAGUAAACUUACUAAGGAAACAAAAAAUCAUAAGAAAAUUUAAAAAAAUUAAAAAAACCAAAAAACUUUGUGUGUAUUAAGCAACAAAAAAAGGAAAAAACAAAAAAUUGUAGCUUUAUAGCAGUUGAGAGAGAAAGAGAAGGAUAGAGAAUGUGAGAGAGAGAGAAAGGAGAUAGGAGCAUCACAAAUUAUCAUAAAUUAUUAAACAAGUUUUGUCGUCUUGCCCGUCUUGGUCUCCUGUUCUUCUUCAUCUUCUUCUGGUCUGCCCUGUUCCCAUUUUUCCUACAAACAAAAAAGAAAAACACAACUAUUAUUGAAUCAUUAAUAAUUCAAAAAAAAAAAUCAUCACUUCCAAAAAAAAUAAAAAAAAAUAUUUAAACAAAAAUUAGAGAAAAAAUAAAAAUUUUCAUUUAUAAUCAAAAUCUCAUCUGUGUUUUUUUAUAUAUCAACUGAGUAAGAAAGAGAGAGAAAGAAAGACAGUUAUUCAGCAAGCGAGAGAGAGAGAGAGAAAAAAAAAAUUAGAGGAACAAGUUAAUUUCUUUUUUAAUCCAAUAUCAAAAACACCAACAAUUAAAAAAAAAAAAAACAACAAAUACAAAUAAAUUCAGCAAAAACCCAACAAACAGCAAUAAAUAAAAGAUGGAAACAAAAAAAAAUAAAAUAUACAACAUAAUUUACAACAACAAAAGCAAAUGAAGCCUCAACAACAACAAUUAACACAAAACAACAAAAUGAUACCAACAAAAUCCAGCAGCAAUAAACGUUUUUAUUGACGAAACUAUUAAAAAUAUUUAAAAAAAAUCUGUUUGUAUAAUGUGUAUGGAUUUCUCCUAUUCUCGCAUUUUGGAUGUUUCUUUCUUUGCGACCAGUAUGUAAUUUUUCAAAUUUUACCUUAUGUCAGUGUUGCGCAAUGUUAAAUAAGAAUAAAAUUAUAUUAAAUUAUAUAUAUUUAAAACAAAAAAGAAAUAAAAGUUUAAGAAGUAAAUACAAAAAAGAGUAAAAAAAAAACAAUGUUUUCCCCAUUUAUUUUCUUUUCUUUUUCUGCGUCAAGGUUUUUUAAAUAAAAAUAAAUAUUUCUAUUAGGAAAAACAAAAAUUAAUGAGAAAAAAAGUCCGAAUUCAUCUAGAAACUAAAAACUAAAAAAAACUGAUUAAAUCUAUAUUCAAAAAAAAAAACUGAAUGAAACAAAACCAAAUUAAAAGAAAAAAAAAUUGAUACAAAAUUUAAUAAAAAAUAAAUAAAAACAAAAAAACAACUUAAUGUAUAUGUUAUAGCCCUUUGUAUAAACAAAUGAAAAAAAAAAAGAAAAAAAAAACAACUUUUAAGUCAA